AAAUUAAUAGCGAGAUUUAAUCGAUAAAGUAUCUUAAAAUUACCUUGAUAAGGUAAUCUGAUGCUAAUGCGAUGGUUUUAGAGAAAUUUUCAUCUUAUCUUUAAAGCGAUAGCCUAAGCUAUUGGAAAGUAUUUUCGUUUCACUGGUGGAAAUCUAAUUUGUUCUUUUUGCGUCUUCAAGCACUGUUGCUUACUUUUUAUGAUUAAUUUUAAGGUAUAAAAUGGAAACCGAUCGAUUGGCAUCAUUAGUUCAGCGCUGUACAUAGCUAUGAUCCGAAGCCGAGGAUAAAAAAAGCUAUUAUACAUUGUUAAGUGCAGUGAUAAGAGUGCUUGAAAAAAAUGGUUACCAAAUAUUCUUUAGUGUUAUCAGUAGCGAUUCUGUGUGUAUUUAUGCCAGUAUAUGAAGCGGCUAAUGAAACGGACAAUGUUUAUAUCGAUUUGAACAACGAAACGCAUUCUGAACGAACAGGCAGGAAUCUCCACAAGGAAUGUCAUGGAAACAUCAGUGUGAAAUGUCUUAAAAUGCAUGCAAUUUCGUUUAUAGAAGACAUUAACUCGUACAGCGAACUCAGGCUUUUCCCCGGGCUGAGUAUUGUAAGAGACAAUCAGACAAAUAAUACGAGUCCUGAGGAAAUGGCUGCUGAAUUAGCUCGUCAGUAUCCAGGGAAACCUGAUGAGAAACUGAAUAGAUAUCUCCUGUAUAGCCUUCAGAAUUAUUUAGAUGGACAUUCCUUGAGGUAUAGAUUACUGGAUCCUGAGACUUCAAAAGAUGCCCUGAACAUGGCAAAAGGAGAUAAAGCAUUUGUUGGCAGAGGAAAAGGCGGAGGUCUGGGGGGUGGAAAAGGUGGCGGUAACGGAGCUCUCAUAGCUGCAUUACUAAUGAUGAAAGGUACGCUAGCAGCUGCAGCUUUGGGAGCUCUCGCACUUCUAGCAGGUAAGGCAAUGAUGACGGCGUUGAUGUCACUGCUAUUAUCAGCACUGGUCGGCCUGAAGGGGGGAGGAGGUCAUAAAUCGACUACAUACGAAAUCAUCACGAAACCGGAAAUAUCACACCAUCAUUCAAGCAGCCAUGAGGAACACCAUGAACAUGAUCAUGGGCACCAUGGAGGCUACAGACGAGCGUACGACACAGAUUACAACCAUUACAAUAGCUACAUGCCUUAUGACGCGACCAGAUAAUAAAAAUAUAGAAUAAGAUUUAAAUUAUUUUUAAAAAUCUAUUAAUAAUUGUUAAAAAUUAAGAUUAUGUAUUUAUAAUUUCUUAAACUCCACAGAUUAUAAGUAAUUUAUUGCUAGAUAUAAACGUUUAAAUCAUUUUUUUCAUGUUGCACACA